AGUCAGAGUGCCCUCGCAUGCACUUGCUCGCAUGCGAGCGUUGCAAACCCCUGAAUCCUCAUGGUCUACGCCGAUUCUGCGGGUUGGCUCGAUUUCCGCGCCGCUCAAAGCUUAACGUGUCCAAUUCUGAAUAUAAGGGUUCGCAAUCGCAAUGGAUGUCCUCUUUCGCCCUAGUAUGCGCUCUUCCACCCUAGUCAAUCAGAGCAAGACUUCCUAGCGGCACUGUCUCGUCCCUCUGCAGAUGUUCAACUUGCAGAUGCAGACUGUUAGCGGCACACUCAUGCUCGCGCAGGCGUCCAGCUCUCUGUUGCUGUCCGCCUUUCUGUCGACUCUUCUCGUCAAUCACGGCAUCACGCCUGUCUCUGCCAAAUCUUGCAAAGCAUUUUGGCUCACUCUUGCCGAUCGGCAUCCCGACGUGGACGCACACAGCGAAAACUGCCAGUACGACCUCAAGCACGGCUCCCUGGACGAAAUUCCGCAAACCGUUCCCAGCACUGCAGACGAUCAUUCUGCUUCAAGCGAAAUUCACUACAACGACCAGUAUCUCGCCUGUUAUUAUGUCAAUAUGACCAGCGCUUGUCAAAAACACGGCAAAAAGAAUUGGUUCCAAGAGCAUUACAUUGACCUCCAACCCAAGCUUGCUGAAGGAGCUCUGAUAGGAGUGUUUUGUGGAAACAAAGAAUGGCGCACCCACCCCGAAAUGCUCCCUCGCAAUGAGCUGCCAGGCAACCAAGUCCAAUGGAAACUCACAAACGACCACAUCUGUCCCUCGAACACAAUUUCUGUGGCGCCAACUCCCGCCUAUUGGCUCGAAUACAAUUCUACUUGGAAUGACAAGCAAAAGGGCUGUCCUUUCAUCCUUCAAUCUCAAACGGGAGUCAACAAGGCCAAUUACUACGAACAGAACAAUUUGAACAUGGGAAACACUUACAUGACUGAUUCCACAUUGGUACGAGACGACAAUUCCGACAUUGUUUUACGAUCACCAUGGGACUCUAAUAUCAUCGAGACUUGCCAUUUUGUGCGCAAGACUCAUCAAUAUCGAGAGUGUCCUGACUCUGGUGAUCCCAAGAACGACUUUUUCCAGGUCAUCAUUCCUAAUUUCCCUUUAUCACCAGGGGUUAAUGAUCUAGCCGUCUUUUGCAAGCGAAAAGGCGACACGCGAGUGCAGCCAAUCUUUGAGGCGACAGGCUACAAGCCCAGCUGGGUUCUCGACAGGUCCACAAACUCGUGGAUUUUUGAGGUGGUUCCAUCUUGAGCCUCAUCCACCUUCUUGACGUGUCUUCAAUGCCCUUCUGAAGAACUUCUUUCUUCAUUGAACCAGGUCGAUCGACACGCUGAUGUGCUCGAUAUACUUUUCAAGUUUGUAGUCAGUAGACUACAUCUGCCAAUUUC